GCUGUGUGCGGCAGGAGUCCAGCAGGGAAGAAAAACGUAGGUCAAUGGAGAUCGUCCAGCCUUCUAGGGAGUAUGGGUGUCAAGCUUCUCCUGAGGAAGAACCUAUUCUCUGUUCCUGCCACCCAGCAGCCAUGGACCCCCGCCCAGAAUACUCUCUGUUCCUGGUUCGGAUCCUGGAGGAGUUAGACACCAAGCGUAAUACCAUGUCCUACCAGGACCUGUGCAAGUCUCUGUGUGCUCGCUUUGACCUGGUGCACUUGGCCAAGCUCCGCAGCCUGCUCUUCUACACAGCCUGCCUGGACCCCGCCUUCCCAGCCACCCUCUUCAAGGACAAGAUGCGCUGCUCCACAGAGGACCUGCAGUCCAAGAAGCUCAUGGUGGCAGCGGACAUUGUCACCAUGUUCAAUUUGAUACAAAUGAAUGGAGGAAUAGCCAAAGAUAAGCUCCCCAUAGCUCACGGGGCCAUGUUUCACAAGAACCAGUCAGUGGAGCUGUGCAGGUCUGACACCGAUGCCCUGAAGUAUCAGGACUGUGACAGGGGGAUCGGUUAUGAGCAUGUGGAUCACCCCAGGGAAGGGCACCAUCACCACCGUCAUCACCACCACUCUCAGCAGCACCCUGUGGCUCAGAAUGCCCCUCCCUGUGCUAAAUCCUCUGACUGCAAUAGUCGGCAGCACUUUAUUCCCUCCUCAGACCCAAACUUCCUCCUGGGUGUGAGCAAAGACAAGAAAUGUAGAGCAGUCUCUAUGGACAAACUGCAUCAUCUGCCUCAGUACUCUAGUGGCAGUCCACCAUCACCACCACCUUGUGAAAUGCAGAGCACCUACUUUCCAAUGGACAUAGACAGCGAGUCCACCACUGACCAGGAGUCCCUGCAGAACAUUGGACAUUCAGAGCCCUUCUCUGUUCACACUUGUGUCCAGAAGAGGAACAUUUUUAAGGAGGAUUUUCACAACUUUGUGGCAUUUUCACCAAAGGUCAUCACCCAUGAGUACAAACAGGGCAGUAAGGCUGUUGAAGGUUACCACAAAAGGGAAUUACAUAAGCCUGCUACCUUCUUCAACCAUAGCUUCGAACUGCCCUACAGUAACCCAUACUUUGAACCAACUCUUAACUCCCCACUCCAGGACAGACGGAGGGUGAAGCACGAGAGCCUGGAUGACUUACAGGCAUCAACUUAUUUCGGUCCAACCACAGUUUCUGAGGGUGUUCGCAGCAAGAAGCACAUUAACAAAGCAGGGAAGCAGGGAGUAUGGCCAGUGAAGAGCCUCAGUUUAAACACAGAAGAGGGCCCUCCUGACUUUGAAAGGACUUUUCUAAACAGCAGACCACUCAAAGAAAACCAUCAUUGUGACAUCAGCAUUAUCAACACUGACAGUGAGCAGCAUUUUCAUAGCCCAAAGGAAAAGGUAGCAGCUUCACCUGGCUUUGCAAAGAAAAGUAAUGGAAUAAAAACCAAGGAUAUAGCCCUGAUGGCAAGUGGAGCUGGAGGUCUGGACAAAGGAGAGGUAGCCAAAAGGUUUAGGGAUAAAAAUAUGAAGAGUGCAUCUUUUCAGGAAGGGGACAGUUCUAGUGUUGGAACUCAAACAGAGCAGGCGGAGCAGAAGAAGUUAAAGGAAUACCAAUCUAAGUACAGUGACAGAGAAAGACCUAGCUUUAAACACUCAGAUGAGGACUGCGAGAUUAUUAGCGAUGACAUAAGUGAUAUUUUUCGUUUUCUGGAUGACAUGAGUGUUUGUGACUCUCUGGGUGUUGUUCAGUCAUCAUGCUACAAUAGUAAUGGGUCGCUCUCUCACGUAACACUGAAGUCAGAAGGCGACAGCUCCCCUGAACGCAACACAGUCAAACUAGCCAAGUCCAAGCUAGACCGCCUGUUCCAUUCACUGGAAAACACUGAUGAUGAGCUCAAAACGAGUGUGUGUAAGCUGGUGAUGAGAAUUGGUGAGAUUGAGAAGAAGUUGGAGUCUUUGUCAGGGGUUCGCAGUGAGAUAGCCCAGGUACUUUCCAAGCUGAACAAACUGGAUGAGAAGAUCCAGGAGCCUGAGGCCAAUGGGAGAAAAGGGGAGACAGCAUCAACAUCCAGGUCCAGUGCCACCCCGACCAAGCCCCACCCCUGCCCGCAUCCACAUUCCAACAAUACUCUCUCACCUCAUGUUUUCCAGUGCAACACCACUGGUCACAAUGUGAAAACUGACAAUGGCUAUGCAGGAGAGUGGUGCUGCUCAGGUGGGAGUAAUAGCCUCAGGAUUAAGGCGCUGAAGAAAAGCGUGUUCAUAAGAAGGUCUUCCUGCUCACUCAAUGAGGAGAACAGCACCACUGAAUCAAAGGUUGCCAGCAUCACCAACUCUCUGCGGGAUUGGAGGACUAUGUCCUACUCCUGUCACCCUGGAGAUGAGGGCAAGGACCGGGACAGAGACAGGGACAGCAAGGACAGACAUCGGAAGGCCAAAGAGACAGACCGAGAGCGUCAAUAUGAGCUCCCCCAGGCACAACGACCCCCAAAACCAACAAAGGAGUCCUACCUGAUUGAACAGGUUUUUUCACCACACCCCUUCACCCCUUCCAUCAAGGCCCAUGUGAAAGGCAGCCCCCUGUACACCGACCUAAGGCUCACCAGCCUGUCAGAUGGGAAGCAUGGUCAGCCAUCCUGGACCAUUGAGGAAUGCAAACGCAAUUCAGGAGAGAAGGGAAGGCAGCUCACUGCUCUUGACCUACAGACUCAGGAGUCACUGAACCCCAAUAAUCUGGAGUAUUGGAUGGAGGACAUCUACACCCCAGGCUACGACUCACUGCUCAAGAGGAAAGAGGCAGAAUUUAGGAGGGCCAAGGUGUGUAAGAUUGGAGCACUGAUUGCAGCCGCUACCUGCACUAUGAUCCUAGUUAUUGUUGUUCCAAUUUGCACCAUGAAAUCAUGAGUGAAUCAGAAAGGUGGUAGCCCUGCACAACUGAUGUUACACUUUCACCUGAAGGUGUUUUUUUUGUUUUGUUUUUGUUUUUUUGUUGUUGUUGUUUUGUGGACCAGUAAGUCUGCAGCACAUUAACUGACAGCAUGAGAA